CGCUAAAAUUAUUCUCCUUUGCUUUGCAAACUUGAAAAAUAUAUAUUUGUGGUGUUCUGUGAAAUUGUUUUUAAUUUUUUUGUUGUUUUACACGUAAAAUGCACACAAUUUAUUAAAUAAAACUGUUUUCCAAGCUGUCAAGAAAUUGGAAUUAUGGAGCCGACAAUUACUAAGGCGCGGCAUUACCGCACUACCAUCUACAUACUGGUGGCUUCCAACCUAGCUGCUGUCUUCGGCGCUGCCAAACUGGUGCUCAGCCUCGAGCCUCAUGACAGGAUAUCGGUGCGUCGCGGCGGAGCGCUCACCGCCCUUGGGUUCGUGUACUUCAUGACCAUGUUCGAGCUGCUGAACGUGUUCGCGCUGUACACCGGCGCGGGAACGCGCUUCCGGCACAAGUACCGUCUGAGCUGCGGCGAUGUGUUGGACAUCACCAACAAGCUGGUGUCUGCGGUGCAGGCGGCGCUGUCGUGCCUCACCGGGCUGGUCGUAUGCUUGUGGUCGUGCACGCGCGACUUCAUGCGCUCCUCCCACUACAUGUCCGAGGCGUACGCCUGGUUUGGUGCCGCUUACUUCUUCUACGACAUAUGGUCUAUGUACAUGGUCCACGUCCAAAUGCACACAGGCGUGGACUAUUUCAAGAGCAAGCUUCAACGGAAGCUGUCCAAGAAUGGGGACGCGCCGCUGUCGUCCGGAGACGCCACUGUCGCCAAGCGGCAGGCCAGGCCAACCUUCCUGGAGUACUGCCGCCACGAGCCUGUCAUACUGAUGCACCAUCUCUUCAUUGGUGGCUUCGGGUUCCUCGUCAUAGUCUACCUCCGUGGUGACCUCGGCGACUGCACCUUCGGCUUCGUAUACCUCAUGGAACUGUCCACGCCCUUCGUGUCGAUCCGUGGGAUCCUAUCGAGGCUGCGUCUGAAGGCGUCCAAGGCGUACCUGGUGAACGGGCUGCUGAUGCUGGCCACGUUCUUCCUGUGCCGCGUCAUCAGUCUGCCGUAUGUCUGCUUGAUGUACAGCAGGGUGUUGGGAUUGUCGUAUUUUGAGGCCAUCAAAACAUUACCAACUGGAUGUAAGAUCUCGAUCUGCAUUCUGUUGCUACCGCAGCUGUACUGGUUCUACUUGAUGUCGGCCGGCGCGCUCAAGAUGCUGGUGGGGUCCAAGCGGAGCCCCGCGGAGACUCCCGCCGAGAGCACGGGACUGGCGGGGGGCGCGGGGGGCGCGGGCGGCGAGCCCCGCAGCUGA